UUGAGAGUGAGGUUAGGUUGAAUUUAUUGUUUGUUAUUCUUCAAUCUUCAUUCCUGUUUCCUUUACUCACUAAUCAGCAUUACGGUACUAAAUAUUUUUUUUUAAUAAACGUAAAAUGAUUGUUUUAUCUCUUCAAGGCAAAAACGUUUUUGUUUGGAAUGCUACUGACUGGCUGGCGUUGCGAGAAAAGCAUCGAAUAGUUGGCAACCCUGUAGGAUGCUUGGCCAGCCUGCCGCGUCAAGACAUUGUUGCAGGUCUGCCACAACAAUUACUGCCGGAAGAAGUAACUCUCCUCAUUGAAAACAAUGUUGCCAAACUGAUUGCUCACAAGGAUCUGGAGAAAGAUGAAAACGUAGCGGAAAAGUACAACGCUUACAAAGAGACGAUUCAUAAAGAACAGGUCGCUGUCUACGAUGAGGUACGAAAGAAACAGGUAUCGUCAAUGAUUGAUAGGAUAAUUGCUGGUAAGAGGCGCAAAUUGAGUGCUGGCAAAUCGAACGAAGAUGGUCAAGCAAGCGAGCCGGAAUUGGAUAGGGAAGCCAUUUUGAAAGCUCAAUUGGAAAAGACGUCUAAAACGCCUGUUGUCAAUACACUGGUGCAAACUCCAACUGCCGAUGUUUGGCAUAAAGAUAGCGUGGAAAGCAAUGUAACUUGGAGCUAUCCCUCGACUGAGACAGAAAAACUGAAGUAUGCGGUGUUCAAAGACCUUUGGAAUAAAGGCUACUACAUCACCUCUGGACAGAAAUUUGGUGGCGAUUACUUGGUUUAUCCAGGAGAUCCAGUAAAGUUCCACUCUCAGUUCAUAGUUGUUUGUCGCGGCAUGAAAAGUGGCAUAGCAGCUUUGGACCUGAUAGCGCUGGGCAGACUUGGAAAUACGACUAGAAAAACGUCAGUUAUCGCCACUGUAGACCAGAAUUCUACAGUCAUUUAUAAUUCAAUAAGUUGGUCCGAAACUAGGUAAUGAUAAUUAUUAUUCUUGACGAAACUCAAUCGAUAUUAUUCUUCUAUGCUGUCCACCUAAUCAAAACCACAUUGCGUUGAUUGCGAGGAUGUAAAAUGUAUCCUAAUUUGCAAAGUUUAUAGAUAGAAAAGUGAACAAUCGUCAAGUAGUGAUCGUAGUUUUUUGUUGGCGUGAUGACAUCUCUGCGUCUCCUUUUCGAAAUCUUAUAAAAUGUAGACUACUAUUAUAGGAGAUGGAUAGUAAAUACGGUACUGAUACUGUAUCAAAAAUCAUUCUACUAAAACAAUUUUUAUUAUGGAGAAUUGGUGUUGGUAGCUUCUUGUAGUAGUAAAUUUGAUUUUACAGUUCAUGUUAUUAUUUAUUAGAGAUUCUGUAUAUCUGUAUAUAUCUCUCAACAGAAUAGACUAUGAUAAAUUAUGAGAAAAGUACAGAGUGAUUUUUUAGUUGUGUUAUCUUGUUUCAAGUGUGUGGUAAAUUGAAGUUGGUAGCUAUUCUCGAUCAGUACUCGCACGGCAGAGCAAUUAUCAUUGAGCGGUGUAAAUGUCAUUAUGUGUGGCCACUCCGCCACAGUCAUCUUAGAAUGUCUUCUACAGUAGAACAUGAAUAUUAUGGUGCAAACAGUCAAAGCGUGUAACUUGAAUGGGUGGAAAUUCUGAGUAUAUUCGUUAAUAACCUUUAGUAACUAAGAAGUGAGUAUUAAAAUAGUAUAUAUCUUUUCUAUAUGACAAAUAAACGUUCUUAUUACAAAUGAAUAUACGUUUUACAAAUUUCUCAAAAACUGGAUAGUAGGACUAAAAAAUCACUCUCUAUAAUUACAUCUGAAAUGAACUAUUCCAAAUAAUAAAUUAUUACAUGUAAACAAAAAAUAGAAAGACUAUUCAACGUUCUAUAAAUCAGCUUCGCCUUAUUUAUUAAUAGUGUGAAUGAAACAAAUACAGUAUUCAGAAAAACCAUAUAGGAAGAAAAUAAAUGUAUCUAUUUAUUUGUUUAUCUAUUUAGUCAUUUACUAUUAUUACACAAGAAGGAACAACAGGCUUAUGCCCAAAACUGUCACUUUUCAAAUUUAUACUACAGUCCAUAUAAAAAUGUAGAUUGAGCCACUAUCACAUUUUAAAAUGACAAUUUACACUUCAAAAAACAAACAAAUCUUCAAUUAAAAAUAGAUGUAAUAGAUAAGUGAGAUUCACAGAAUUGAAUACAAUAAUAAAAAAACUAAAUUUUUUAUCCAUGUUCCUAAAAAUUCAGGAGAGAUACAGUUUUGAAUUGAGCCUGGCGAUUCUCUUCCUAUCAUUGACUCAAUUCUGUGCAUAUAUGAAUAAAUAAAUAAAUAAUAGUUUAUGACGUUUCCGGUAUCCCGUGGGAGGGAA